GAGGCAGCAGCCAGCUGCCAGAAGCCAACAAUAUCCGGUCUGGAUAACAUGGAAUCAAACAGAGAGAGAAGUUUACUGGAAUAAAAUCCUCUGGUCGGUGAAACUCGUUUGGAACUCCGACCACUGACCCCUGUAACCAUGACCACCACUGGGGGUGUGAGAGGUCGAGCCCAUGUCCUUGUCCGAGGCCCAGGCGAUGGCAUGGAGACGGACAAGCAGGCGGCCCUUCUGGAGGUUCCCACCGAGCGUGUGGCCACGCCCCCUCCCCUGGAGACGCUCGUCCUGAAGCCGGCCUGCUCCCUGCGGCCCGCCCCUCCGCCGCCCGGGGUGCUCCACCUGGGCCAGGUGAGCCGGGCAGCGUGCGCCGAGGUGGAGGUGGUGAGGAUUCUGGUUCCCAGGAGCGCCAUCAGCCGCAACUGCCGCGUGGCCCCGCCUCCAGAAGGGCCGGAGGAGCGACGCUCCCCGUCGCCCCCCCCUCCGGUGGACGACCGCAGUGCUGCCGAGGAGAAGCUGAAGAGCUCGGAGCGCCGCCUGCUGCAGGAGAAAGAGGGGCUGAUUAACCAGCUCAGAGUACAGACUGAGGUGAACCGUGAGCUGAAGCGCCUCCUAGUGGCGUCUGUAGGGGAUGACCUGCAGUACCAGUUUGAGCGGGCUUCCCGGGAGAAGAACCACCUGGUGCUGGAGAACGAGGCGCUGACGGGGGCUCUGAGGGGCACAGCGGAGCAGCUGGAGAGGAUGAGCAUCCAGGGCGACGUGUGGAGGAGCAAGUUCCUGGCCUCCAGGGUGAUGGCGGACGAGCUGACCAAUAGCAGAGCAGCAUUGCAGCGUCAGAACCGAGAGGCGCAGGGCGCCAUCCAGGACCUGCUGUCAGAGAGGGACCAGUUCUCCAGGGGCAUGGUGCUCACACACGGGUGUCUGGAGGAGCUGAUGGUGUCCCUGCAGUGGGGCCGGCAGCAGACCUACUACCCCAGCACCCAGGGCCUUACCGUGGGCGAGCUGGCCUCGGCCAACCAGAGGCUGGCCCACGCCAUCAGCGGCCACCUGCUGGGCAACGUGGGGAAGAGCAGCGGCGGAGCGAGCACCACUGCUCACAUCUGCAACACACCCGCCGAGAAGAUGGCUGAGAAGGUGAUGAAGACUCUGGCCCCUGUCUCCCCCCCAAACAGUGCAGAGGAGCCCUCCUUCUCUGACUCCGCCCCAACCAGCUUCCUGGCCAAUCAGAAGAGCAUCGGAAGGUUCCAUCCGUACACACGAUACGAGAACAUAACGUUUAACUGCUGCGAGCGGUGCUCUGGAGACAUCAUCGUGCUCUAGUCCCCUGACCUCCCAGCAGAUCUAGUUCAUUCCAGAUGCCACAUUCAGAAUGCAGCAAUGAACUCUGGGAACUAUGGUCUUACUAGGUGAUGUGUGGAAAGGCAGUCGGUCCCGAGGCCUAUUUACUAACUGGUCAGCUCCGUAAAUAUCAUGUUACUAUGAUGGUCAUUUAAAUUUUAUAAACGCGUUAUCCUUUUUUAUUUCAAUCCUGGUCAAGAUCGCUGGUCUAUUUUUAACUGGCCCAAAUUAGCAGCGUAGUACUCAGUUGAAAACGCUUCUUUUACCUACCAGGGAAAAAUAAAAAAGCAUAUAAAAUGUAAUUGGUCAUAUUCAAAUUACUUACAACUUAUCAACACAGCAAGGCAAUACAAAUGUGAAAGGAAUGUGCUAAUCCUACAUAUUUGUAUUGCCUUUUUUCCAGUACAUUUUUAAUAAUGAGGAGCGUGUGCAUUUCUUUCCUUCGCUUUUUCUUCUCUUGGAGGUCAGGACGGAGAUCCUGUAGCUCAACUUGGAUCUCAAACAGUCUUCCAGACGACCAUGGCACUGUCGCUUGUGUGUUUAUGCAGUAUUUUUUAUUUAUGACGGUUUUAUUUGCAUUUCAAACGUAUUUCAAAGUUGUGUGUAUAUUGGUUGAGGCCAGGUGUUGUAUGAUGCAUAUUGAGAUUCGUCUUCAGGUAAUUUAUUGGAACUUAAUUUGAGUGAUCCUGCACCAAGUAUUGUAUACUUUGAUCUGCUAAUGUUCUACUCAAUGAUUAGUAUCCGAUUUGUGUCUCAAACCACAAUAAACAAGGUUUAUAUACUUUUA